AUGGCUGAACGAUUCACUCCUGACGAGGAUUCGCAACGAGUGAUGGGUUUAAGGCUGGCGUCCAAAACGACCAGGCAAAGACGUGAAUCUCGAUACGGAGAGUGCCCCAGACUUGACGAUGGCGCUGUACAAGGUGGCAAGCAGGAGACGGGGUAUCGAGCAAGGCGCAAGGAUGAUGGUCGCAAGUUGGCCUCUGCCUUUCUUGACGUUCCGGUGCCAAGACCGACAAGCGCGCGGCUGCGUCGGAGACUUCUAAGCGACUUCCGUCCUCGACUCGAUGUCAUCCAGCUUCUAAUCUAUAUGGCAUCCAUGGAGUCUCUUCCAGCGCUUCGCAGGUGUGCUUUGGCACAAUGUCGACGACCAUCUCGAGCCUCUCUCGUUUUCCUUGACUUCCUCGCCCCCUCGACUCUCCGCCACCACCAAACCCGACAAGCCUCGACCUCGGGCUCCUCCGGUCCCUCCAAACCUCGCUAUGUUCUCAGCAAGCAGCAGCGCGAAUAUCUUGACGGCGCACUUCGAGUCAACCAAGCAGGUGAGCUUGCGGCGACCCUGAUCUAUACCGCCCAGACCCCUCAAGUCGUCCGCUCCCAUCCACACCUCCGGCCCUUGAUGAAGCACAUGUACGACCAGGAAGCAGGCCACCUGAAGACUUUCAAUGGUCUUGUUGCGAAGCAUCAGAUCCGACCCACUGCCAUGUACCCCGUAUGGGAGGCAGCCGCGACGUUUUUGGGCUGGUCGACGGCUGCCCUAGGCCGGGAAGCGGCCAUGGCCUGCACCGAAGCAGUGGAGACUGCGAUCGGAACACACUACAAUGACCAAGUCCGAGAGAUCUUAUCCUGGGAGGCCGAUGCCGAUCGACGGGGAGAGGAGCUGGAUGACGAGCUCAAAGAUAUGCUGUCCACAUUCCGGAGGAUUCGCGACGAGGAACUAGAGCACCUUGACCAUGCCGUGGCGAAUGAUGCCAAGGAGGCCAAACCAUACGAUCCGCUUGUCGAUGUCAUUCGCCUCGGCUGCCGAACUGCCAUCAAAAUCAGUGAGAGGGUUUGA